UUGGUCUACUCCAUGUUCCUAGCUGUACUAUGAAUUGGUUAGUCACAUUGGUGACGUGCAUUCUGCUCUUUAACUCUCACAUUCUUGCUUAUCGCCGAGUGGUCACCUUUUCUGCAAUUCCUUGCGAUGCGGUGGGAGCAGUGAAUGCAGCUGACCUUGGGAUUCAACACAUCAAUGACGUUCGAAGAGAGGGAUACAAGUAUAGUCUGAAUAAGAUCAUAAAUGCCCAGGAAAAGCAGGAGCAAUAUGAGAUCAUAUAUUAUUUGGUGUUUGAGGUUUUCGAAACCAGAUGUCAUGUCACAAGCCCCAAACCACUGAAAAGCUGUGAAAUCGAAUCAUUUCACAUGAAGAAAGCAUUUGGCGAAUGUAAAAUCGUCAUUCGUAUCUCAAAAGGCUUCCAGAAUGUGAAGGAUUAUCAGUGUUCUAAAUACCAAGCUUCAGCUGGAAAUCCAUGCCCAGGAUGCUUUUACACAAUUAAACCAUUAAAGAGCGGAGACGUGGAUCGUGCUGUUAAUAUUGCCAUUCAAAAAUAUAACAGUGAGAGCAAAGAUGUUAACUACUUUUCUCUUUUUAAUAUCACAAAUAUUUUAACAAAGCCUGCAUCUAGCCAGAUGACAUCAGUGGAAUUCAUUAUCCAAGAAACUAACUGCGUCAAAGAUGAUUUCAUGGUGGAACUUUCAGCUUGUGUUCCAAAACCCCAUAAAUUUGCACAUCUGGGUUUCUGCACCGUGUCUUUUGAAUCAGUGUCUCCUGUCCUUGAUGUGACUGAAGUGACCUGUGAUAUUUAUGCAACGAAGGGCGUAACAGUCAGGGGAUUAAGUGGGCAAGAGGAGCCACUUGAGGAUAACUAUCAAGAUGAAAAACAGGUAUUUAUACCCAAGUACAAGAGAUCGAUCUCUAGAUCCAAACGUCGGAGGAUGAAACAAUCAGGAAUGUGGAAACAGUCCAGGAGGGAAGAAUCAUCUUCCUCAGAAUCAUCAGAGGAACAAGAAUUGCGCAGCCAUCGUGAACCUUUCAAACAGCCAACUAUUCAUUAUCAUAAUUUCCCAAAUGCCUCCCCACAUGCACUCACUUGUCCUGGUCAACCUAGAUACGUACUUCGGAAAAACUGAACAAGAGAAGAGAAUAAAUCAAAUUUACUUCUCCAUUCCGUGCAAUUUGGUAGAGCAGAAGAUCUUAUUACAGAUUUGGGCACAAGCUUCUUGUGAUUUUCAGAGCAAGUGGAGAGUCAGCUCCUCCCCAUCUUCUUCAAGUGUGAACAUGUUAACUUGUGUACUUCGUUUUACCCAUUUCCAUAAAUUCUAAUAUGCCAAAUAAUCUGAACUUUAUUUUCUUAAAUAUCUUUUUGACUAUGAAUUUUGUUAACCUUUAUUGGCAAAGUAUUAGCUGUUUGUAUAUCUGAGCAUGUUCCUCCAAAGGACUGUAUGAAAUAAAAUGUGAUGUAACUGG